AUGGCUGAAGUGCCUAUGAUCGUUGCCGUGGUUAAGGACAUUCAUCUGGCAUUACAGUUCCGCAGAAACACACUUUGCCACGGGGGAACUUCUUUCGCAAUACCAAAAAUCGACACUGCUCCCACUUAUGAUGAUGGAGAUCACGCGCUUAUAUUCGCCGAAGGGGCCCAGCCAACGGCGAUCACCCCGUCCAUGACCUACAGCAACAUAAUACAAAGUAGUGCUCCUUCCCAAACCUCCAUGUCAAGCAACAUACCAACCCUAUCCGGUCUAUACACAUAUUCCUUCAUACACCCCCUUGCAACACACCCACACUCACCACAGCCAUGGCAUUCACAAGACUCCACCACUUCCUGCGUAGCGUUGAUCGCCUUCACCUUCGCCUUCGUCUUCGUCUUUUUAAACGCCACGACGCCUCGCGGAUGUCCUGCUUCAGAAGCUCCGCGAGUUCUACCUGAAGAACAAGGCCCGCAAGGGCAGUGUCAAGUAAGAGCGCAAGUCCCUAGGAAGCGGUGGAUGGCUGACGACCCAGAAAGUCUCGGCUUGACGGCAGCCUACCGUCCAAACCCGGCCUUCAACUCUCCCCAGGCCCCAACGACACCCACAAACUAUUCUCGAGGCGGCGCUCAUAAGGCCACUGAACAGAAAGGGCACGAUGUUCUUAGGAGACCAUCCACACCAGGCGGGAUACUGUCCAGCAUACCGCUCGAGCUACAUGACAUUAUCUCCGGCCUCGUGCUCUCAAACGGUCACCUCUCCAUUCUCCGAUUCUCGAAAUCCAUCGACGCAGAAGCGACAGCGGUGCUCUACAAGAAAGGAUCUGCCGCAUGUACAUUGGCUAUUCCAGACCCAGAUGCCCUCAAGACCACCGUUCGAGACCGGCUUGUCCUGCGACCUGAUCCAGAACUACCAACUUCACGUCGACUUCCAGAAUUCUAUUGGCAAUUCUAG